UAUACUAAGUAGUGGCGAUGUUGUCAUUUUCCGCAAACACACACAGAAAUUGGUGUGUGUGCGUUCGCCCCCCUUUUUGAAGCCACCCUUCUCUUCCCCGUGACCGUACAAUCACUCGCUCUCUAUUUUCUCAGACAAAAAGUUUCAAGCAACACCAAUUUCUUUUUUGUAGGAUUAGAUUUCACACACAAUUUCCCAAUUUCUCUCCCCAAUCCUAGCUUCUCUUUUUUCUAACUCCUAUAACAGAAACCCUAGUUCAUAGGAAAAUUAUUGUCAUAUCCUUCAUCUGAUAGUAUGUAAAAAAAAAUCCUUCGAUGAUCUGUGGUGUUUUGUGAUUUAGAGUAGUAUAUUAUUGAUAUGGAAGCGGCGUCUACUUCUUCUAGUGUUACCAAGGGCGGAGGCGACGGGGGAGGCGGCGCGCCGCCGAGGCGCGCGCCGCCGCCCGCGCCAAUGCCGGCGGCGAAUGCUCCGCCGCCUUUCCUGGUGAAGACGUACGACAUGGUGGACGACCCCAGCACGGACAAGAUAGUAUCUUGGAGCCCCACCAAUAAUAGCUUCGUCGUGUGGGACUCUGCGGAGUUCGCCAGAGACUUACUGCCUAAGUACUUCAAGCACAAUAAUUUCUCCAGCUUUGUUCGCCAACUUAAUACUUAUGGCUUUAGAAAGGUUGAUCCAGACCGCUGGGAGUUUGCAAAUGAGGGAUUCUUAAGAGGACAAAAACAUCUGCUUAAAAGUAUCAGUCGUCGGAAACCUGCACAUGGACAACCUCAGCACCAGCAGCAACCAAAUGGACAGAGUUCUGCAGUUGGAGCAUGUGUGGAGGUUGGGAAAUUUGGGCUCGAAGAGGAAGUUGAGAGGCUUAAAAGGGAUAAGAAUGUGCUGAUGCAGGAGCUUGUCAGGUUAAGGCAGCAGCAACAAUCCACUGAUGGUCAGUUACAAGCAAUGGUUCAACGUCUUCAGGGUAUGGAACAGCGUCAACAGCAGAUGAUGUCCUUCCUGGCAAAGGCUGUCAAUAGCCCUGGGUUUCUUGCACAAUUUAUGCAACAGCCAAGUGAUGGCAGCAGACGCAUAUCUGAAGCCAACAAAAAGCGGAGACUUAAGCAAGAUGGUGUUUCUGAUGAUGAUUCUGUCACCCCCUCUGACGGUCAGAUUGUCAAAUACCAACCUCUAAUGAAUGAGGCAGCAAAAGCAAUGCUCAGGCAGAUAAUGAAAUUAGACUCUUCUCCUAGGCUAGAGAACUUUGAGAAUGCAUCUGAUAAUUUCUUGAUUGGUGAUGGUUCAUCAUCAUCGAAUGCCCUGGACCAUGGCAAUUCCUCGAACCGUGUGUCAGGAGUGACUCUUCAAGAGGUAACACCAACAUCUGCCCCUUCAUUCGUCCCAUCAGGUUCAGCUAUUACAGGUUGCACUUCUGCAGCUAUUUGUGACAUCCAAUCACCAUCCAUUGGAGCAGCACCUGCUGAAAGCGUGUCUAAUCAGUUUCCAGGUGGCAGCCCUCUGCUCGGAGCUCAAGCAGUACCUCCCAUUACCCUUCCACCUACAGAUGCUAUAAUACCCGAGCUCUCUCAAAUGGUGCCUGAAAGCAACGUUGAUAUCAUCGGAUCCGAAACAGAGACUGGCAUUUUCAUGGAUCCUUCGUCAUUGGCAGGGGACAAAAUCCCACUUGAAAUAGGUGGAUUUUCUCCCGACCCACAGAUGGAAUGGGACAGCACCUUGCUGGAUGAGAUACCAGAACUUCCUGGAGUUGGUGACCCCUUCUGGGAGAAGUUCCUUCAAAGCCCACCUCCAGUUGAGGCUGAGAUGGACUCAACUGUAACAGAUGAUCUUCCUGAGGGAAAUGAAACGAAGGCAACGCUGGAGAAUGGGUGGGAUAAGUCUCAGCACAUGGCAAAGCUAACAGAGCAGAUGGAGCUUCUUUCAUCAGACGCCAAGAAAGUUUGAUUUGUCUAAUUAACCUACGUGUAUCACAAUCUGAACUUAUUUCCAGGCAUAAAAUCUGAGAAUUUCGUGGCCAUAAUGGCCUAUUAACUUGGGUAUUUUAAAAGUUAAUGUGGUUAUGGUCUUAUGUACUGUAUUCUUUGCACAUAUUAAGUAUAUCUUUUUACAACUUCUUUGAACUUUGUACCACUUUGCCUUGCGAGUGAUUCUAGUUCGAUUCUUCUC